ACAUUUCUUUACCCCGAGGCAGAAGGACAUCCCACCCUGCUCAGACUAUAUGAGUUAAGAGUCACAGCAAGACACACCACAUGGGUCUGCAGACGAUCCGGCAAACACAGGUGCAGGGACGGUUCCUCUCAUGCACAUUCAUGUCAGUUCCCGAUUGAGUUUUCAGGAGUUUCCAAAAAUUCUGUCAUUGUUUUCUUUCUGUGCUUAAAAGAGGACUGGUAACUCAACUCAGCGAUGGCACAAUCUCACACAAGUUACUCUACAACAAGAGAAGAAGCUGCAUCUAAGUGGUCAGAUGUAAUUAAGAACAGUGUACAGAUUGCAACAGAACCCAAACAAACAUACCUGCUGAACACAGCCAAGACAAUACUGAAUAAAGAUGGAACAGCCAGGAGAUACACGUUUGGAAGAAAGGACCCCAACAAAAGGAACAAGACAAUCAUGAUGGUGGGAGAAACAGGAACAGGGAAGUCUUUGUUCAUCACUAUGAUGAUCAACUACAUGCUGGGUGUAAAGUGGGAAGACAAAAUCAGGUUUGAAAUCAUUCCAGAUGAAAGAAAAAGACCUCAAACUGAAUCUCAAGCCACUGUGAUUUCUGCCUAUGAUAUUUUUGGGCUGGAGGAACUGUCUGUUCCUUUUUCCCUCACAGUCAUUGAUAUGCCAGGAUAUGGAAACACAAGAGGUCUGGAUGAAGAUAAAAACAUUGCUCAGAAUCUGUACACAUUCUUGAAAUCUUUAAGUGAUGAUCAACAAAUAGAUGCAGUUUGCCUUGUGGUGAAGGCAUCUCAAUUUCGCCUAAGUCCCAGCCAGAAAUACAUCUUUGAUGCCAUUCUGUCUGUCUUUGGGAGCAACAUUGAGAACUUCAUGAUUAUUUUCACCUUCUCAGACUGGAUGCCACCUCCAGCUCUUAAGCUAGUUUCUGUGUCUGGUGUACCUGUCUUCAAAGAUGAAAAUAAUGACCCUGUUCACUUCCUGUUCAACAACCUUCCUCCUCAGAAGUUUGCUAAGAAAUGCGAAGAAACAUAUAAAACAGCCUGGGAUAAUGGAGCAGAGAGCUUCAGAGAGCUUUUUCAGACUUUAGAUAAAAUGGAACCGCAAUGCAUGCAGAUGACUAAAGACGUUUUGAGGGAACGUUGGAGCCUGGAAGAGGGUAUCCAGAACUUGGCGAGUCAGAUUAAAGAGGAGAAGGAGAAGCACAAGGCACUUGAGGAGCUGCAGAAAAGACUGGAAGAGCACAAAGAGGACAUGAGGACAAGUAACACCUAUCAGAAUACAUGCGCAGCUGAGCAACAUGCAACUUCCAGCACUGUGUCUGAGGCAAACCGCCACACUCCAUGGUGUUCCUGUAUAUACUUAAUUUUAAAGAAUCUGGGAUUGAUCAUAUGGCAUGCUAUACGUAGAUUAUGUGCUACUAUAUACAGAAAAUUAUGGGGCAAUCAAUAUGAAGCCGUUCCUGAAACCUGCAGCUCCGAGGGCCACCAAAAAGAAGACGAAGAAAGAAUAACACAUGAGGAUCCUAGAAAAGAUGCAGAGUGCAAACUAGCCACAGACAUAUCCAAACUUGAAGAAGAGCUGAAGGACAUGAAGACAGAAAAGGCCAAACUAAUGGAGAGUUGUUACCAGUCCAUUGGCCGUCUUAAAGACAAUGCUCUGAAUUUUGAUUCAGAUUCUACUCAUCAGAGUAUUCUCAGGCUGAUAGAAAUGCUGAGGGAGAACAAAGACGCGGAGAAGGUGGAAAAGCUGCAGAUGAUGCUGAAGAAGACUGUGUGAGAUUAACACACAUGGGGAAGACAUGUUUAGUUGCAUGCUCUUCUGCUU